CCUGAGAGUAGAAGACGACCAAAACGCAAAGACUUGGAAUCAUUCCGGUGGAGAUCAAAAGUUUUUGAUUACAAGCAUUUGAGUGGGUCUUUUGCCAUGUCUCAUUCCAAGAAUGGUGCUAAUAAGCCCGGUACCCGAAACCUUCCUUCUUGGAUGAGUUCAAGAGACAAUGAGAGUGACAAGAAGCCGAAUGGGGAUGGUGAAGGUGAGGGUCAGAAGCCCAGGCAAGGGAGAGGGCGCGCAAGCGGCAACAGUUCUGGUGAAUCCAGCUCGGGAGCAACUAACGUGUCGAAACUUUUGGAAGGGGUUGUGUUUGUAUUGUCUGGGUUUGUUAAUCCGGAGCGCAGCAUUUUGCGGUCACAGGCAUUGGAAAUGGGAGCAGAAUAUCAGCCUGAUUGGAAUUCAGAUUGCACUCUCUUGGUUUGUGCUUUUUCAAACACCCCUAAGUUUCGACAAGUUGAGGCAGAAUGUGGAACUAUUGUUUCAAAGGAAUGGAUAUCAGAGUGUUACACGCAGAAGAAGCUUGUUGAUAUAGAAAGUUACCUUAUGCAUGCUGGGAAACCCUGGCGUAAAAGCAGUGUUUCCCAGGACAACAGGCAGGACCAAAGAUUAUCCCGGCCUAGUAUAUCUAAAAAGCAAGAUGGAGAUUCUCCUUCAAAACCAACUGCCUCUGCAACUUUAAAGCAUGUUAAAGCUGAUGUCUCUGUUAAAGAGUGCUUUUCUCCAUCCGAAGUGAAGAAGUGGGCUGUCGAUGAUUUGAAGAAGACGAUAUCAUGGCUGGAGAGUCAAGAAGAAAAGCCAGAUCCAGAUGAGAUAAAGCAGAUAGCAGCUGAAGGGAUUUUAACUUGUUUACAAGAUGCGAUAGCUUCUCUGGAACAAAAACAGGAUGUCCAGCAAAUAACUGAACAAUGGAAUUUCGUUCCUCGUGUAGUCGAAGAGCUUGCAAAGCACGAAAUCAAAGGAAACAACUCUGUGGCCAUACCGAAGGAAGAUCUUUGCAGACAGGCUAUGGCCUGUAAACAAAUUUAUGAGGUGGAACUAUAUAAUUUGGAUGAUGAUUCUUCAAGGAAGAAAAAACGAAAGACUGAUAGGCAAGAGGACAAAGGGGAAACCGUAGCCUUAUGCAGAGGUGCAGCAGGAUAUGACAGUGAUGAAACAGUUGAGAUGACAGAAGAGGAAAUAGAUCUUGCAUAUGAUACUUUAGCUUCCAAUAAUACAGUGUGAUCUCUAUCUCGUGUACAUGUUUAGAUGAUUGACCUGUAAAUUUUUUUUGCUUUAGUAUUUUCUUUUU